AUGGCGGGCAAUGGCACACCGAAUUCCCAGUUCCUUGCUCCUCCGGCCGUUACUGCCUUGCGGCAGGAGGCCCGGAGUAUUGACCCGAAAUUCCCACCAAUGAGCCGUUCGAUCAGCGAAAAUAUGCGGGAAGAGCGUGAAGAUUUGAAGGAGGCGGCGGAGCAGACUUUGAAUGUUAUUGUCGACUUGGAUCUCGAUGGUCGGAUCAAAUGGGUCAGUCCAUCAUGGAAACAGGUCGUGGGGACCGCUCCCGAGUCCGUUGAAGGCCGCAUGAUCGCGGAUUUUCUGCUCGGGAAUAAAGAUGUGUUUCAGGAUGCCAUUGAAUCCUUGAAGGUGGAUGAUUCGCGCAGCCGUUUCAUUCGCUUUGCGGUGCCAAUGGGUCCCGACUCCCUUCUGAGGUAUACCCCAGAGUCACGGCCGUUAGAGGAAGGACAGACGGGGGCUAGUGAAGGAGGAGAAGUCCCGGAGAAAACCGAGGAAGAGUAUCCCCAUGGCAUUCUUGACAUGGAGGCGCAAGGUAUUAUGGUCUUCGAUCGUACAACUGAUGGAUCCAGCCAUGUGGGCCAUGUUAUGUGGAUGUUGCGACCCUUCACUCAGCCGAGAGAAGUGACAAUCGACCUCCCCCCGCUCUUGGUGGAGUCCUUGGGUGUUGGUGCAGAAGUGUUGGCACACUACUUGACGACCCUCGCGGAGGCAGCGGCGAAUGAACCCGAUCCCUCCAAACAUCCAGCACCGGAACCCGUCUUAUGCCGCAUCUGUGAACGUCAAAUCACGCCUUGGUGGUUUGAGAAGCACUCGGAUCUUUGUUUGCAAGAGCAUCGGUCCGAGAUGGAUGUCCAAAUCGCUCAGGAGAACCUUAAUGAGCAUCGCCAUGCUAUCGUCAGAGUGCUGGAUGCGCUUGAAGCCCAACAGAGUCGGCCUUUGACUGGCGACGGCAACUCAAUUCCUCCAACCCUUGCUCCUACCAUUCCUCCCGCUGCCGUCGUAACUCCCCAAGCAGAGUACAAGGGCCUGCCUAUUGGACCUUCGCCGGCGAGUUCCGCGCCGUCGUCAGGACUCACGUCCGGUUCCAGUUCCGCUCCUGCGACACCUCCCCAGUCAAGAGAACAUUCUAUGUCGAGUGCGGGGCAUACUCGGGGCCGCUCAUUCGCUGUGCGACGGCCACUGGCCCGUAUCGUGGAGCUCGUCCUUGAUUUGUGUGACACGGCCAUGGAGAUCAACAUGCCAAUCAUCAAAGAAACCCGUACCGAUACCCCGGACGACUUUCGAACCCUGUCGCCCCAGUCCGAGUCGCGUAUUUCUCAAGUUAUCCAGUGGCAGUCUCCGAGUACCAACACCUUGGAACAAGAGCAGGGCUUGGCGGCUUUGUCGAUGGACACAGAGCAGGUCUGCAAAGCCAAGGUGGAUGCGGUUAUUCGCCACCGCAAAAUUGUCGAAUAUGCUGAGCGAAUCCGCAUUGAAUACACAGUCCUGGUCGAGGAAUGCAUCGCAGCAGCCCUCAGCAAGGCCGAGCGCAUUGCUGCCGGUCAACUGAGCGAUUCUUCCUGUUCAGAAGAUGAAGCUCCUCCGCAACAGGAAGAGGAGGAGAGGGAACCCCCUCUUGAGCUGAUAUCAAAGCCUAACCCAGAACCACCUGCCAUGCCAUCACCCCGUCAUCCCACGACAUCAGCGUUGACGGAGUCUAUUCGCAAUGCGCCUGAUACGUUCCAGGUGCCACCACCAGAGGGGAGGACAUCAUCUGCUGCUGUGUCUACCGGCCCGAACAGUCCGAUGGAGUGUCCCACGCCACGUUCACACAAGAGUGUGGCUGGUCUGAGUACCUCGCAAACGUCUCGACGUGGCCUUUCGCUGACCGACACCGAUGCUGGCGAGAUGAGUGAUAGUAGCGCUUUGUCAUCGGCUAUUCCAGGAGCUAUGCGAACCGAGUCCCCGUCGUCCGAUCGAAGCCUUGAACGCAAACGCAAGAGCUUGGUGCUCCCGGGCCUUGCUAACUCCCCCAAGCGGCAACCGUCUCCUGGCAGGAGUGCUGGGCCUCGUUCUCCGUUGCGGAUGCCCAAGCCACGUAUGUCGAGUGGCGCUGAAAGCCUACCGUCUCCCAUGGCCUCGCCAUCUACGAAUGCAAGUGAAAUUGCAGUUCAUCAUGCCCACCAUCUUCAUCACCAUACCCACCAUCACCGGCGCCAAUCGUCCACGGCGUCUUCAGAUGUCGCGAAGCCGCCUGUCUCGCCCCGGAUGACCCAGCAUCAGCCGCGUCCUGCUCCUCCGUCGAUUAAGGAUUUUGAGAUCAUCAAACCUAUCAGCAAAGGCGCUUUUGGCAGCGUGUACCUGUCCAAAAAGAAAACGACCGGCGAAUACUUUGCCAUCAAAGUACUUAAAAAGGCCGAUAUGAUUGCCAAGAACCAGACCACCAAUGUCAAGGCUGAACGGGCGAUCAUGAUGUGGCAAGGGGAGAGUGACUUUGUUGCAAAACUUUACUGGACUUUCUCCAGCAAAGACUACCUCUAUCUCGUAAUGGAGUACCUCAACGGGGGUGAUUGUGCUUCUCUUGUGAAGGUCUUGGGGGGUCUUCCCGAAGACUGGGCAAAGAAAUACAUCGCUGAAGUGGUUCUGGGGGUUGAACACCUGCAUGGAAGAGGAAUAGUCCACCGUGACCUCAAACCAGACAAUCUACUUAUCGACCAGACUGGCCACCUCAAACUGACCGACUUUGGAUUGUCUCGUAUGGGUCUCGUUGGUCGUCAAAAACGUCUUUUGAAGACCCUGAAUGAGAAUGAGCCAUCACCCGAUCCUCUUAGACAAGAAUCCUUCCCUCGUGCGACCUCGAUGACUUCGUCGCGGUCUGCGUCGUUCGAUUUCCAAGGUGGUAAUUCGCCAGGUUCCACGCCCUUGAUCACCCCCAACGAUGCCGCGAGUAGCAUGACCCAGCCGUCAUACUUCAGUCUUAGCCAGGGUGGUCUCAGUCGACAAGGCUCGCGACGAGAGUCUGGCUAUCGCAGUGACAGUGUAGGAAGCGACAACCUGCAUAAUAUCUUUCGAGGGUUUUCUCUCAAUGAGAGCGGCGAAGUUAUUAGCCCAGCCCCGUUGCCGGGUCGAUUCUCUAGCAAUCUGACGGAGGACGAGGGCCAAAGUGAAGCUAGUGACUCUCCAUAUCUGCAUCCCUUGCAGCCAACUGCCAGCAACCAGACGUCUUAUGGCACACCACCACAGCAGUCGAUGAUGCCGCCACUCAUGGCGCUCUUUGAUCCGGAGGACCAGAACAGACGUUUCGUGGGUACUCCUGACUAUCUUGCACCGGAAACUAUCAAUGGACUUGGUCAGGAUGAGAUGAGUGAUUGGUGGUCGUUGGGAUGUAUCAUGUUUGAAUUCCUUUUUGGAUACCCACCGUUCAACGCUGCCACUCCGGAUGAAGUAUUCGACAAUAUCCUUCACCGACGAAUCAACUGGCCCGAAGAGCUCAAUGAAUUAGCAACCCCUGAGUCUAUCGAUCUAGUGAAUAAGCUCAUGACGCUCAAUCCUCGAGAGCGACUUGGCGCCAAUGUCGAUGAGAAGUUCCCGAACGGUGGAUCCGAGAUUCGCAGUCAUCCUUGGUUCUCUGAUGUGAAUUGGGAUACUCUUCUGGAAGAUAAAGCUCAAUUUGUCCCCAACGUCGAAAAUCCCGAAGACACGGACUAUUUUGAUGCGCGUGGGGCGACAGACCAACAACCGUUCGCGGACGAGCAAGACGAUGGAGCUUCGCCGCAACAACCGCUGACUACCGGACCCUAUCCAGAUCGCCCGCAUGAUGCACUUUCCAAGGUUCGUACCCAGGUCAAUUCGACGAAACGGCCCUUGAUGCCUUUGUCCAUUCCACCACAUGUUCGUGACUCGCGUGACUCGCGUGGCAGGAGACUGAGCGAGCCUGUUGCCGGUGAUGACUUUGGUACCUUCUCUUACAGGAAUCUUCCAAUGCUCGAGAAGGCCAAUAAGGACCAGAUCAAAAAACUAGCAUUGCAGGCUCAACAACGUCAAUCCACCUCGGGCGCCCCGGGUCAACCUCAAUCUGAAGGGCCAACGCCGCCACCGACUCAGCAACAGCAGCCGCAACAGCAGCCGCAACAGCCCAUACCAGCACAACAGCCGCAGGCAACUCCACAAUCCCCGUCUGCGACUGCGACUGCGACUGCGCCUUCUCUGGAAGGAAGUCCAUUACCGAUGCAAUUGCAGCGGACUAUGUCGCAAAAUAAGGGCAACCGACCGUCUUCUCCGUCCAACAUGAGCCAAGCCAACUCGUCGCCCAGCCGUCCGUCGCAACCCUCCUCGCCACUUUUUGUUCAGUUUAGCACAGGCCAGAACAAUCAUGAGCGUAGGAAGACAUCGGGUUCCUCGUCUGCUAAUUCGCAACAGUCGAGUGGGACAUUUGCAACAGGAAGUGCAAUGCCAUCGACAGGGUCGUCACCCAUCAAGUCUGGUCGAAUGGGGACGCACUCCCCUGACAAGACGCCAUCCGCCCCGCCGCGUCAGAAUCGAGUUUCCACCCGGGCAAGAUCUCAGACUGUGGGCUCACAGGAUGGAAGUGAAUUGUCCUCGUCUCUUGCGAAAGAGUCCUACGUUGCAGGUCACACUAAACGCCGGAGCCAGUUAUUCGACGCGUCUCCAUCGUCGUCGGACAAUGAGAACCCCCACAAAGCGCUACUUAAGGUUCAGCGACGUCGCCAAAGCUCCCGCCGUCUUUCUCAGAUCAAUCUUCUCGACGGUCCCUUCUUCCGUCCGUUGGAUGUGCUCAUUUGCGAGGACCACCCUGUUUCCAGAAUCGUCAUGGAACGAUUGUUCGAAAAGCUUCGUUGUCGAACGAUUACCGCAAGGAACGGUGCGGAGGCUACGAGCUACGCUCUUAGUGAAGUGCAAUUCGAUAUCAUCAUGACAGAGUACAAACUGCCUCAGCUGAAUGGGGCGGACUUUGCGCGCAUGGUCCGCGAGACGCGAAGUGCUAAUCGCCAUACCCCAAUCAUUGCUGUCACCGGCUAUCUCAAGGACUUGCCAGAAACGCACCACUUCGAUUCGCUGAUCGAAAAGCCUCCUACUCUGCCCAAGCUUACCGAAGCGCUCUGCCAGUUCUGUCAAUGGAAGCCUCCGCCUAAGGAUUACAACCCUUCUCAACCGUUGUCGUUGCCGACUGUUCCUCCCCGCCAUCUUGCUCAUUACCGUGAAGACAGUCCAAGUUCGACCACGUCUUCUGGAUUUGCCCAUGUGCCUCCAAGUUCAUAUCAAGGGUCAAGCCGCGAAGACUCUAUUAGCAGCUAUGGUGAUACGGAGUCUGUUAAAACUGACGAUGUUCCUGUUAUCAUCAGUCGCCAAGCCGACGAAUGGACUCAGACCCAAGGUGGUCUAGGGAUUUCCGAUGAUGCGUCUACUGAUCCCCAAUCACCAUCACACACUGCGCCGGUGCCACAUUUGCUCCACUCUACGUCGGCCCCGGGUGUCAUGAGUGGGUCGGGUACUGUCACGCCUCGGAAGCAGCGAUCCAGCGAGUCCAUCCAAGCGAAGCGGAAGUCGUUGGAGAAUAAGCGGUACGAAUGCGCAGAGUCUGGGGACGAUGAGGACGAGGAGCUUGGAAACACUCCAUCUCGGACGCGCAGCCCGCAGGGCAGGGGCAAUCGACCUGGCUCCAAAUUGGGAAUCGAGAUGAUGCGAACGAACAGCCGGGGCAGUGUUGUUAGUGGCAGCGAAGAGCUACUCCAGAAGGAGCGGGAGUCAUUGCGGAGAAGCCAGAGUCGGGGUUCUGACGAGGUCUGUGAAAUCGACGAGGAACCCUUUGACGAAGAGAAAGAAUUGGAAAGCGAGCUGAACCAGCUUCGCAUUUCGGAAGACGGCGAAGUCAGUCCACGACAUAGCCCAUCACCAGAGGCGAGAUCUCGACGGCAGUCGCUUUCUGAGCAGAGCACCGAAAUCGACUCCCUUACGCAAAGAAGUCGAUCGGGGACUUUAAUCAACCGACAAGGUCAGAUAACGCCUCCUAUCGUGUUCGAGCAGGAUGAGGAUGACUUGAAUGCUUCUAUGGCUGUGCCUGACACACCGAUUAUUAAGACGACGGAAGCACCCGAGGCAGAGUCAGAGAUGGAGGGAUUGAGUCAGACCCCUGAUUCAGACGCGACGCCUCGACCGCUGCAUACGCCUACACUCAAUCCGGACCCAGUGACACCUCGCAAACCUUAG